AUGGGGGCGGAAGCCAACACGGUGGCGUCAUUGCUGGAGAAGCUCAAGGUUGAUGAUCCCUGGGUCCCACCAAAACCAUGGGAAUCGGUUCCUUCCGAAGGAGGCGGCCGUUCUUCAAUUCCUCAUUCGUCCGCACCUGGCUUCUACAAUACUUCCAAUCUCUCUGAGGCUAGCUUGGUGAGGUUGGUAAUGAAUGCUUUGCAAGGGGUGGAAUCAGCUCUGGUUUCUGUUUAUGAAUUCUCUGUGUUGUUCUGUUCUGAAUCAGCAGACAGAACUUUUCAUCGAAUCUCAAGCUUGUGGACUCGGUCUACAAGCACUCAUGCUCUGGGAAAUCUACUCAAAUCCAUUGGCCAAUUUGGUUGCGUUAUUUUCCUGCUCCAGAAUUUUGUUGAAUAUUUUAAUCAUUUGAAUCUAAAUAAAGAUUCAGGAUCAGAGAACAUCUCAAAGGAGGCAAAUGAAGGAACCAAAAGAUGGGCAGAAGAUAAGUUUGGUGUUAUUAAUCAGGCAUUUGCAGUUGCCGUGAAAAAGAUCUUAGAUAGUUACAUCUCUUCUCUUAAUACACUAUAUGCAUCAGCAAGUUUGAGAUGUUCCUUGGAUAAUACUGAUUACGGUUGCCUCACAAGUGUUGGCAAUUCUGAAGUAACAGUGUUGGAGGUUUAUCUGCAUACAAGUGGGUUGAGAACUCAGAUAGAAGCACUUGGAAAUAUAUGUCAGAUAUAUGAUUUGGCUUGUAGUUUCUCAGGCGAAUCUUUACAAGAUCUGGUUGUGAAUGCUAAUUUGGAAUUUGCUAAAUUUCCCCGAGGUGCUAAUUUACUGACAUUUCUGUAUAUGCAACUGAAGGUUGUUGAUCCAAUUCAUAUCACUCUCCUCAAGUUUCUCUUUCUUCAAACAUUUGAACCAUAUUACAGAUUUGUUAGAUCAUGGAUUUACGAAGGAAGAAUGACUGAUCAUUACAAAGAGUUUGCAAUGGAAUAUGUCGAACAUUUAGCAGACUGUGCACCAGGUAAAGCUGGAAUUUCUGUGGACUUACCGAUAAGCACUAUCAAGGCACGAGAUGGAGUUACUCUGCCAUGUUUUCUUGAAGAUUUUUUGAGUCCACUUCUAAGAAUUGGUCAGCAACUCCAAGUAUUAGUGAAGUUGCUUGAUUUGUGUUUGAAUCUUGGCAGCUGGAAUAAAGCUCAAGAGGAGAUUCUUCCCUUCUUGGAUAAUCCUCCAAAUGAUUAUCCAUUCCUUGCUUGCCCAUUAACAUUUCACAAAGCAACUAUUGAACAAAUAGUUCUUGCAAGACACAAAUAUUAUGAAAGGAUGCAAGAGAAAGUGGACAAGAUUUUUUCUAAAGUUCAAUUUAGAUAUCCACAGGCAUCACAAUAUGCUGUUCAGCAUUUAUAUGCAUCAAACCAUGGAAGGAACCCAAAGCUUGCGGACCCAAAUUUGGAUGAUAGCCAGGGUGCCAUUGAGAUGGGGGAGAGAGGCAGAACAGUGCCCAACAAGGAUGAAGCUAAUGGGGCAUGCUGCAGUGAGAAUGAGUUUUCAGAGUCAGAGGACUCGCUGGCAAUAUCGGACUCUUCAUCUGUUGCUAGCUUUCAGGAGCAGAAUGAUACUGAACUGUCGCCUAACACUACCUCGCAGUUGAUACCAAGUUAUUUGUCAUCUUUAGUAAUUUCUUUCUCUGCUAAGAGUGCAGUCCAAGAUCCUUCACAAAGUGAGAUUGCAUGCUCUGCAGAGAAUAAUAUAUCUGAAAUUUGGGAGAAAAUACAAAGUUAUUCUCAAUGCUUGGACGCUUACAAGGAUGUUCAUCACCAAGGAAAAGAUGAGUUUGCUAGUUGUUGGAGUCCUCAAUGUGCAGAUCAGAGGGUACCAUUUCUUGCUGAUAGUGAACCUAUCAGUGAUGAAUAUGAUCUGCACCUGCAACCUGUUCAUGUACCUCAUAGUUUGAAUACGAGCUCUGAUAAUAGUAAGAGGCUCCAUAUGUCUACUUCAGGAGUGUUUAACAAAAUUGGGAAUUUCGAAGAUCCAAAGAUCAGGACACAUUUCACUGAGACAAUUUUCUCCACGUAUGCCUUACCAGAAACAACCAAUAAUCAAUUAGAUAUAACUGGUGGCAGUGUUUUGUCAAGUUCUUGGUACUUGCAGCCUUGCAAUGGUAAAUAUGGUUCUAAUUUUCUUAGCAUGAACCCAUUAUUAUCAAAAGCUUAUUGGAUAAAUUCCAGUAACAAGCCUCAAGAACAGUCAAAAAAUUAUAGAGAACCUUUUUCUUCCUUUGAUUUCACAUUGGUAAGAGAUCCUCGCAAGGUUUGUGAAGAAAAGCUGGCUUCUGCUUCUGUAGAUCAACAUGAAUCUAACUAUUAUAUCUUGAAAGACAAUGCCAGUAAUGCUGCCAUCUUUGCUAGUGCAAACCACAUUAAGCAAAACUGCAGUGACGAGAAUUCAGUGGAGGGGUUUAUAUCAUCGCCAACUUAUAUUUCCUUAGAUUCAAAGUCAUGCAGAGGGGAAGAGGCCUUGCGUGGUCACACUGCUUGGGGAAAAAUGUGGGAGCACCUACUUGCUUGUUUUGACAGCAAUUCCAACUCUUCUGACAUAGGGUGCUGGUCAAAUUCGAUGGUUGUCUUUGAUAUGCCAUUGGACUAUGUUAUUAAGAAAUGCCUGUGGGAGGAAAUUUUGCUUCAAUAUCAAUAUGUGAGCAAGCUGACGCUCAAGUUACUAGAAGAGGGUUUUUCUAUGCAAGAGCAUCUAUUGACCCUGCGGCGCUAUCAUUUUAUGGAACAUGCAGACUGGGCAGACUUGUUUAUAUUUUCCCUCUGGCACCAUAAAUGGCAUGUUGCAGAGUUGGAAAAGAGAAUUUUAGAAAUCCAGGGGGUUCUGGAGCUGUCGAUUCAGAGGUCUUCGUGUGAAGGAGAUCUUAACAAGGACCGCUUAUAUGUCUAUGUGAAAGGAGAUCUUCCGAUGCCUCUAUCAGCUUCUGCCAAUGUUACAAGGAUCUGUUCGUUGGAUUUCUUAGGUUUGGGUUACCGAGUGGAUUGGCCAGUCAAUAUUAUUUUGACUCCGGGUGCAUUGAAGAUAUAUUCUGACAUUUUUAACUUUUUGAUACAAGUCAAGCAUGCGAUCUUCUCUUUAAGUGAGAUUUGGUGCUCACUAAAGGGUUUAAAGCAGGUAGCUCGGGAGAGUUGUCUUUCUGAACAUCGUAAACUCAAGCUGCAGCAUAUUUCAGUUUUCACACAAACAAGGCACCAGGUGAAUCAUUUCGUGUCCACUUUGCAGCAGUAUGUUCAAUCACAAUUAUCCCAUGUAUCUUGGUGCAAGUUUUUGAAUUCUCUUAAGCACAAGGUCAAAGAUAUGAUGGAUUUUGAGGAAGCACAUAUGGAAUAUCUCACUGAAUCACUACACAUAUGUUUCUUGUCUAAAGAGACCCAGUCAAUUGCAAACAUCAUCCAAAGCAUGCUCCAAUGUUCUGUUGAGUUAAGCUCUUGUCUGAUUGCAUGCGCUUCGGAGGUUGGACUGAGUGGGGAUGACUGUCCCGAACUUCCACAGAUAGACACUUUGCGGGUGCGAGAGAUAAAGAAAACUUUUACGAAAAAUGUCAAAGAUUUGUUUCUGAUUUACCUCAGGACGCCAAAACAUGGUGAGUUUGGUCUUUCACGUUUCUGGGAGUAUCUGAACUAUAACGGUUAUUAUGCGGAUGAUUGGGGAAUGCAGUUACAUCAUGUCUGA